UUCUGUGAUGGUUACGAGUAAUGAUGGUUCUUCGCGAUUGUGGAAUCGACGUAGACGGGAGAAUGAUACCAUUCCACCAACGAUACCUGAAGGGAAACUUCCUGAGGAUGAUUUAUCCUUCUCUACAUUGAUAGCCCACCACGAUAAUGAUGCAAAGAUACUCGGACGUGGAGAGCCGUCAUCAUCAACUUAUCGAAUGCCGCCCCCUCAAGCGGACUGUUGUGCUUGCCUCGGGGCUGCUGUUCGAUGGUGUUUUGGAGUGGACCCUGCAGGGAAGGAUGUAUUGAAUCGACGGGAUCGUCGGCUUGUUGCUCAACAUGAGAAAUUGGGCCUGGUAGGGGAUGGUUUACUCGACGCACCGCCUCCACCACGAUUGGAGCAUUCCAUCACAGAUAGGGUGAGGGAUCAGGUGUAUGAAAUCCAACGGCAACGAAGUGAUCGGACAAGCUUUAUCAAUCCCGGGAUGUAUGGCAACAGUCUCGGAGGGAUGCGAUCACCAUCGGGAGCUGUGGAUGCGGGCUUGGACCAUACCGAUAUCAUUAGCCUUAGACUCAAGCUCGACCCAACUAGGAAGGUUACGUCUAAGUAUAAAUGGACGGGCAUCCGUCUGGGGAAGGGAGGAUACGCUUCGGUGUACGAGGUUCAUGAACGCUCUACAGGGGCUAGAAGGGCGUGUAAAAUAAUAUCAAAGAAAAGAGUCGAGGAUUUGGAAUUGUUGGAGAGAGAGUUGCAGGUUCUUAUCAGCUUGGAUCAUCCGAACAUCAUAAGGAUGCUCUCGUGGUAUGAAUCGGAUAAUAAUCUGUACGUCAUAAUGGAGUUGUGCGAGGGCGGCGAAUUGUUCGACGUCAUUGACAAGAGGGAGGAGCUUUAUUCGGGAUCCAUAAUCCGCCAGAUCUUCCUUGGAGUGGCCUAUCUGCAUCAAGCUGGGAUAGUCCAUAGAGAUUUGAAGUUGGAAAACUGCCUGUUUAAGAAUAAGGACAUGCGUUCCUGUGUAAAGUUGAUCGACUUUGGUCUUGCUGGCUUGAAGCCUAUGUACCACGAUAAGCCCUGGUUGAAGGACGUUCUAGGUACUGCCCUUUACAUGGCACCAGAAGUUAUAUCAGAUAACACCUAUUAUGAUGAGAAGUGCGACUCAUGGUCUGUUGGGAUAAUCAUGUAUAUUAUGCUUACUGGUAAAAGGGGGGUAAAGGGUAUGCAUGAGAGGGAGCUAUUUCAUAGGGUUAAGACUAUGGAACCUGAUUUGACUAAGAUCCCAAGUAAACCUGCGGCUGAGUUGGUUGGCCUACUAUUACAGAAGGAUCCUUCUAAACGGCCAUCAGCUAGAGAGGCGUUGAAUCAUCCCUGGCUACGACAACAUGAGUUUUACCCAGCAUAUCAACAACGGCAGCUAUUGCACCAUUUACGGAGUUUCGGCAACUUCCGAAGGCUUGAGCGAGCAGUAUUGACGGUUAUCGCAUUCAACACAUCCUCUAGAGAAAUGGAACAAAUGAGAGAAACGUUUAUUACACUGGACAAGGACAACUCCGGUGGGCUCAGUCCCCAGGAGAUCGUGUCUGGUUUGCGGCGUCUUGACAUUGAGAUUCCUGAUGAUAUCUAUCAAAUCCUCGAGUCCGUCGAUGCUGAUCAAUCAGGGGAAGUUGACUACACUGAGUUUGUUGCUGCCGUUAUGGAUCGGAACAAUGGAAAUAUGCGUGUGGUGAAGUACGCCUGUGGAUGA